GCAAACGAGAAUACUGAUUUGGUCUCGGGACACUGAAUUGCUUCAUGAAAGAGUUUCAUGAACCCCUCCCUGUACACCGAAACAGUCGCAGUGCACGCGGACACCAGCGCAGCACACCAUUGGCUGAGAGCGCAGCUUUACCUGUAGGAAGGUGUGCCAGCCAGACAGCAGGAUGAACUUUUCUUUGCUCCGAUCAACUUCAGGGAUUUAAAUUCAUGCUCCUAAGAUCAUGGAGCCCGUAACGUCUUGGAGCACCGAGAGAGUCACCGAGUGGCUCAAAGGUCUGGAUGCUCCUCUACAGCAGUACUCGGUCUCCGAAUGGCACCUCUCCGGCUCAGAUCUGCUGCAUCUUUCAUCUACCAGAUUGGAGAAACUUGGAGUGCAUAAAAUAGGACAUCAGGAGCUCAUACUGGAGGCAGUGGAAAAACUCUGUGCUUUGACAUACAGUGUUGGGGGUGACAGUCUGCGCAGUUUGGCAGAGAAACUGCAUGCAGUGGCUCACACUCUGCAGAUGAGCAUACAGGGGCGCUGGCGUGUCAAUACCAGUGACGAACAGAGCGCCACCAAGCUGUCACAACAGGUACUGCAGGCAGUGGUGGACGUGAUCACAACAUCUAAUGGACUUGUGUCUUUGCUCAACAGGUAUCAGUUUGCACAGCAGACUGGACACAAAGCAAAUGAGAAAGUUGCCACUCUGUGUAAAGAUCUGGACAUUACAGUGCAUAAGGAAACCGCUGUGUUUGAAAAGGAGAAGGACAUCAUCUCCAUAUGUCGUCAGCUGGUAGCAGUGUGUGAUGAGAUUUUGACCGAAACUCCAUUGCCUCUUCUUACCCAUACUGCCCAGCUGGAGAGUGUCGACCUGGUCCCAGCCUCACCAGGAGAUCAAGUGGGAAUUGAGAUCACCACCACAGGAUCCAGAAAUCAUUUUGUCACUGGAAAAGCAGCAGAGUCUCCUUCAGAGAUCUGUGAGAAGAUUUUAGCAGGAGAUGAGGUCCUUCAGGUCAACGGACAGAUAGUGGUUGGCUGGAGCCGGGCAAACCUUGUAAAAAAACUGGAGGAAAAUCCAAAUGGAGUCACUCUGGUUUUGAGGAGGCUUCCAGGGUUCCUGAAACGCAAGGAAAGCCAAGCCAAGUCUGAGGUACUAGAGAGAGAGGUGGAAGAGGAAGAAGAGAGCGAGAAAAACAGACAUUCUCUUUUGGGCAGGGUGGCAGCUUCAGUACGCUCUCUGUCCUUUAGUGAGGACAUGCAAGUGAUCCGCUGUCUCAGAUCAGCAUCUGACGGCACACAUCAUUUCAGAACGGAGAAAUCAGCACUCUCUAGUGAACAAAGCUCUAAUGAGCAUCAGCCAAACACCUUAAAGACAGGGGCAGACUCUCAGCGUGCAAGUCGAAACAGUUUGGAAAUAGAUUCAUCUGCAGAAAGGAGUCCAUCCCCACAAAGCUCAGAACUCAACCGAGCCAGCACAAGCUCCUGUCCUGACAUGGCAGGACUAAGAGAGGAAAAGGAGAACAAAAAGAGCUCUACUAAAGGAACACGGACAGCGUUGAGCCGCAGGAAGGUGUCCUGUCGUGAACUUGGCCGCCCAGACUGUGACGGGUGGCUUUGGAAGAAGAGAAAAGAAACAAAUGUCUUCAUGACUCAGAAAUGGCAGCGAUUUUGGUUCGUCCUGAAAGGUCCUACACUGUAUUGGUAUACCAGCCAACAGGAGGAGAAGGCGGAGGGCUUAAUCAAGAUCGGCAGCUACAGUAUAGAGAGCGCAGGAGAACACAAGAGGAAGUAUGUAUUUCAAAUGUCCCACCAGCGCUUCCAGAAUUUUUUCUUCGCUGCUGAAAAUGUAAACGACAUGAGCAAAUGGAUUAAUUGCUUAAUCACAGCCAUUCAGAAACAUAAGAAAAAAAGUCAGCCAGACAAUGAACAAGAAUGUUACAGUGAAACUGAAUCUGAGGAGGAAUCGUCCCGUUCACCACAUUCUCAUCGGAAGAAAGUCAAUACGAAAACUCAAACACAAUCAAACACACUUCCUCGAACAAAGGGAAAGCAGAACAGGGUGUCAGAGCCAAUAACCAUUUCACAAGCAGGGGGCAGUAAAAUUGCAGGAAAUGUAGAUGAGAUGGAUGAAAUGUUCCAUAGCCUGAAGAAAGGAGGAGUGUCUCUGAUUGGUCAGAAUCAGCCGACAACUCAUGACCAGCUACGUAAAUCCUUCAUCAAACGCAACAAAAACCCUGUUAUCAAUGAGAAGAUACACACACUCCGUGCCCUCCAGAGCACACUUAAGGCGAAGGAAGCAGAAAUUCACCUGAUUAACAAGAUCCUGGACGACUCUGAGAUCUCACCGCAGAAGUACCGUGAGUGGAAGCAGUUAAAUGAAGACCUGCUGCAGGACAUUGAAAGACAGUACAAAGAGACGGUCUCACCAAACAUAGACACAGUGUCCAAGACCAACAGUGAGGCAAGCACUCUGAAUCUGAGUGAUGAAGAACAGUUGGUAGAUGCAGAGACACCUGUUGAUGGAAGCUCCACUUCUGCAGAGACACAGGUGCCGAUGCAAACACAUACCACAGUCACAGAAGAAACUACAGAGGACUACUUUUACAUAUGACACUUGCACAGAUUCUGUAAAAACAAACACAAGUGCAACACUGGGAUAAAUAUAUUGAUCUGAAUUGCAGCCAUCUGGGAGAGAGCACUGGCUGUUUUACCAGAAGUAAGAUCUAUCAUCUGUUGAUUCACUAUAAACAUCACUGAAUUUAUUAUGAACUGCAUAAUGCUGACAAAAGAACAAAUCUAAUUUAAAGCACUUGCUAAAGGAUGUUGAUUAUACUGAUGUAUGUAAUUUUAAAAAUAUAUAUUUUAGAUUAAUUAUAUUAAUAUGAUGCAUAUUUGUUUUUACAUCAGGUAUGUGUGUAAGGUUUCCCUAAAUAUGUAAAAAUGAAUGUUUUAUGAAUGUUUCUGGAAUGUUUAGACAUGAUAGGCAAGAAAGUAUUGCUUUUAUAAGAAUGUAUUCUUUUUAUUAUGUAGAAAAUUGAUGGCAGUGUAGAUCCUGAAAACAAGUUUAGCAGGCUCAAAAACUAUAUUUCCUGAGGAAAAAAAAUUAUACUUCACUGUGCAUAGUUUGUAUUAAAUGCCCAGCAAUGGUCAUUUCCCCAGAAUUGCCACACAGUAGCAGCCUGUGUUUUGGUCACACUCCAGUCACCUGUUCAUUUGAGUCUUUCAGUGUUUUUAUACCAGCAGUGUAUAAAUCAUGCAUAUAAUGGCUGUGUUUAUAUAUAUAUAUUAUAUUUGCAUCUGAAGCUUUAUUUUAAACAUCACCAGCCAAAUUUUGUUUUGUUUUGUUUAGUUUAUCCAAGACAAAAACUGGUUAUAAAGUCAGACAUUUUUGUCCUAGACUGAUAAACUCAUCUCUAUAUAUAGAGAGCAGUGAGUGUUAAAUAACUUGUAAAAUGCUCCUGUAGAGAAAGUUCCCAAAAUUUUAUAAUAAUUUAUUGGAUGUUGCUGUUAAUUUUUGUUUAUACACACAAAAGUGUAAACAGAGAUAUGAAAAAAGAAAGAAAUAGAAACAUGAGAUUUGAA